AUUAUACUGGCCUCCUUGCCUGUUCCCCUUAUUAUGAGUGAUCUCAUUCUGUCUCCUGUUUCCUCCACACCCUUAACCAAAUAAGAAACAAUGAAAAAUCCCAUAAUAGUGAUUAUUAAAUUAUAUUAUCUAUCUUACUACUUAGUGGAUGGAAAAAGAGGUUUCCGACAAAAAUUCAAACCGGAGGAUGACGUUGAACCUUUGUGUCCGCUCUUCCCUCACGAAUGGCCUCCAGAAGAAAUCGAAAGGAGAUUAAAAGACGACGACAUCAUACCAGAUGUAAUACCUUGCAGUCCUAAGUAUGUAAUUAACGUCACGUAUAUCCCCGGCGUCACAGUGUAUUUUUGGAAUAAGCUUGAGCCCGACGAAUUGAAAAAAGAGCCCGUGAAGUGCGGUUGGCCAGUCACACCGGGUCAUAAUUACACACUUAUGUUGACGGGAGCUGAUGACCCGUCAGUUGCAAACUAUAUGAAUCGUGAAUUUCUACAAUGGCUGGUGGUUGACAUACCAAGCUCUGGCUUCAAGGCACCACAAUAUUGCAAAGUAUGCUCCUGUGAUGAUGCCGCCCGACACAGGUCUUCAUCGUUACGUUUUUAUCGUGUACGAGCAACCGAAAGUGAGGCCGAAGUGGCACGAACCACCAAUCCAUGAUUUGGAGUUGGUUUCAUCGGAAAAAAAUUUAAAACAAAAAAAAAACAAACAAACAAACAAACGCAAUAUAUCUGAACAACUGACAACUGAGAAUUAUUACUGAUUGCCUAUCAGAUUAUCUUUUAUCAAAAGACGUCUUUUAUCAUUGAGUCAUCGGGUACUCUCUGUGCUCAGAACAGUGAAACUGGCAUCUCAUCAACAGUCAAAGUGCGACAUUCAUCUGAUCCUGUUAUUUAUACUAUUUCGUGCACCUGGAAAAAGGGAGCUUCCAAGGGCAGUUUCAGACUUUGAGUUGAAUCUCUAACAACAGGAACUCGGAAGAUGUCUCAAGACUCAGCAGAAGCAACCUGCUCCAAGAAACUGUUAUCUGAAGUCUUGGAUGCUCUUAACGACUGCACUGUGCUUAAGGAUUGCGAUACGCAUGAUGCAAAAGUGAUUUCUGAGUACAAAAAUUUCAAGCCUGCGAGGAGCUUGGAAUUGCUGAUCGAACGGCUUUCCUCUGGAGGCGAAGCUCCGUCACCAACAACGUUCAUUGACGAUAUGAAAACCUUGAUUUUUUGGAGUAAACUGUCGAAGAAUUGAAAAAAAAUAUUGAGCAGUUAAAUCAAGAGUAUAGUAAAAAACCCUUAAUAUGGGAGACGAAACGUGAAAAGAGGAACCGAAAGAACAUAAAACGACAUAUGACGGUUCUAAAAAAGGUCCGUCCUCUUGAGAAGAAGUAUAGUAUUAAAAUAUCAGGCACUGCAACCGAGGUUAUAACCUAUUCGCGGCUGAGAUUUUUAUUUCCUAAUUUAUUAGGCUUAACGUCGAAUGGAACUUACGGUGAAAACAAUUUCAUUCCCAAAUGUUUGGCGCUCCUGAAUUCGGAGGACUGAUACCUUCCCACUAUUUCAAAGCUCAAGAUGCAAUCAUCGCGCUUCAUCUUUGCUGCUUACGGCUUUUGAAUCCGAAAACCGCUCUUUACCUUCAUCAUCUAUUCUUGAGGAAGCGAAUUGACGAGGGAUUGCUUUCAGACAAGAAAAGGUUCAAUUCUUAUUUGGCGCAAGGAAUAAUACAGCCGGAUGGUGAUAUGACCGGAAAACUUCGAAUUGUACACGAGACCAGAUGCAGACUCUACGAUAACAUCGAUGCUGAAAUCGUGGAGGUUGAAAAAAUAAAUGGAUUUAGUUUAGCUCAAAACCAUCAAGAACAGCCCGUGUUUGCUUCAGCAACAGCGCCGGACGGGCCCGAAAAAACGGUCUAUGAGUACUGGGAGUCCUGGCGUGCCAACUUACCAUCCUUCACGGUAUCGAAUAGGAUUGACUGGGUCGAGUAACAUUGGACUACAGUUUCUCCCAGACUGCGCUCCAGGCUGAGGUGCAAUUAAAACUCUACAAUGUACAAGAUUCUACCUACUUUUAAAAAUAAUCCCACCCCCACGAACUCACCCAAAAAAUAGGCACGCAUUAUGCAUUCCAAAAAAAAGAAGAAUAAGAAUAUGCAUAUUCUGAACAAAAAAUACAUGUCUUUCAACCGUUGGGACGUGA